UCAGCGGGCCCGGAGUCCCCCCUCCGCGCUAACCCGGAAGUUGCCCGCUUCUGCCAUGGCUGCCACAGGGGGCGUGGCUUCCGGCGGUCAGCACUUGAGAAUCGCUGCGGCCGGGUCGAACGGAGGUGGUGGGUGACAGGCGCUCCUCCCCCGACGGCUGGUGUCCAGGCGGGAAGGGCGGCCACCAGCUCGCUGUCCCGCGGGGAGCCAGAGUCGUACGGGGGAUGGACGAGGCGAAGAUGGACGAGAAUGAAUGGAGGUAUCACGGCGAAGGCAACAAGAGCUUGGUGGUGGCCCACGCACAGCGUUGUGUGGUGCUGCGCUUCCUGAAGUUUCCUCCAAAUAGGAAGAAGACUUCAGAAGAAACAUUUCAGCAUCUACAGAGCAUAGUGGACUUUAGCAAAAAUGUCAUGAAGGAGUUUCUGGGGGAGAACUAUGUUCAUUGUGGGGAAGUUGUUCAGCUACCUUUAGAUUUUGUGAAACAGCUUUGUUUAAAAAUACAGCCUGAACGACCAGAGUCACGCUGUGACAAGGACCUGGACACCCUCAGUGGUUACGCCCUGUGCCUUCCCAAUUUAGCCAGACUCCAGACCUACCACUUUGCAGAACACCGGCCAAUUCUGUGUGUGGAGAUCAAGCCGAAAUGUGGGUUCAUCCCUUUCUCCAGUGAUGUCACGCAUGAAAUGAAGCACAAGGUGUGUCGAUAUUGUAUGCACCAGCACCUCAAGGUGGCGAAUGGGAAGUGGAAGCAGAUCAGUAAAUACUGUCCCCUUGACCUCUACUCAGGAAAUAAACAAAGAAUGCACUUUGCCUUGAAAAGCUUGUUACAGGAGGCACAGAACAACUUAAAGAUUUUUAAGAACGGUGAACUGAUCUACGGCUGCAAGGACUCCCGCAGCCCCGCAGCUGAUUGGAGUGAGCUGGCACACCACCUAAAGCCCUUCUUCUUCCCGUCUAAUGGCCUGGCCAGUGGGCCACACUGCACAAGGGCUGUGAUCCGAGAGCUGGUGCGAGUCAUCACACGAGUGCUGCUGAGUGGCUCUGACAAGGACCGGUUGGGCACCCUGCGGCCUGGCCCGGAGCUGCAGGGUCCUCGUGUCUGCGAGGCCAGUCCUUUUGGCCGGAGCCUGCGUCACCAAGGAAAAGCCCCCCUGGAGCACUCGGGGUUACCAAAGGGCUGUCUUCUGUACAGAACUCUCCAGGUGCAGAUGUUGGACCUGCUGGACAUCGAAGGCCUCUACCCUCUGUACAGGCGGGUGGAGCGGUACCUGGAGGAGUUCCCUGAGGAGAGAAAAGCACUGCAAAUUGAUGGACCUUAUGAUGAAGCAUUUUACCAGAAGCUGCUCGAUCUUUCCACUGAAGACGAUGGGACGGUGGCCUUCGCACUGAAGAAGGUUCAGCAGUACCGGGUCGCCAUGACUGCAAAGGACUGUUCCAUCAUGAUUGCACUGUCCCCGUGUCUGCAGGACGCAAGCCCUGAUCAGAGGCCCAUCGUCCCUUCAUCAAGAUCCCGGUUUGCCUUCUCUGUGUCUGUCUUGGACCUCGAUCUCAAGCCCUACGAGAGCAUUCCUCACCAGUACACCCUGGACGGCAAGAUAGUCAGCUACUACUCAAAGGCUGCACGCGCCAAAGAUGCCGCCGUCAUGUCGACACGGUUCAAGGAGAGCGAAGACUGCACAUUAGUUCUCCACAAGGUCUAACUUCCUUCCGACUGUCUUUGAAACUUGAACAUAGAACGUGAAGGUGGAGUGACAGAGCUCUCUCUUCUGUUGCGCUGGGUGACUUUUGUCUGUGAGUGAUUUGCUUUUUUAACCCCGCCUGAGGUGGGACUGCCUCGGGGAGACAGAGUGGAAGAGCACUAAAAAGUAAAUAAAUAAAUAAAUCGGCAAAGCAUCUCGGAUGAGCUCAGGAGCUGUGACCCAGGAAGCGGUUCACUAAAACUGGGUUUUCCACAAAGCUCCAGCGAAACACGCAGGAGAGCUCUUCCUCCCCAGACAGUGCUCACGCCGACUCCUCUAAUGCAAAAGCCUUACUCUAAGACCCAAGGUUUGGAUCUCUCACCACCAGACUCCUAACAUAGAAAACUUGAAGUACCACACAUAACUUACAGUUUCAACUUGGGAGAAAACACAGAUACUACUGGAACCUUCCCAGCUGAGUUACUCGGUCCCUUUCCAAUAGAAACCCAACUUCAGCACAGCUGUAGGCGGCCCCCUGCCACAAAGUGGGUUGAGCUGUUGUGAGUCCAGAAUGUGAACUCUGGGACCCGCUGCAGACGCCAUGCUCGCAGCCAUGCACUGGGCAGCAGGGAGACAGGACUCGGGUCAGGGUGGACACCAUUCACUUGGACGAUUUCUUUUUUCUUCCUCUUCUUUUCUUCUUCUUUUUUUUUCCUUUUUUUCUACCCAGUGAUUUCAUCUUUAACUUUAGGGGAGGCAAGUGUUUUUUCCCAUCUGAAAUUGCUGCUGUGAUCUGGAAGCAGAACUGCGGCCAUGCCUGGGGUGGGUGUCACGGGGUGGCUUUGCUCCUGGUAGCUCUGACCCUGACAUUUGUGGGUUUUGGGGGUAGCUGGGGAACCUCACAGUCAGUUCUGUCAGAGCCAGCGUGGACUUCUCCCCCUUCCUCGUACUGUUCCUCAGUUCUCCUGAGGCGUGUGGUGUUUGGGCCUUAUGUGGUGCUGUGCCACCCCUCACCCCCACCCCCAGGGCUGUCAAGGCCCCACUUCUGAAGAUGAGCAACUCCUGGCUGGCACCAAGAGGGUCUUAAUUGGGGUCACUGAGUGUGCCCAGCUGCUAUGAAAACUGUUGAGAAUCUUGGCUUCAGUUUUUUUUUAUCCUAUGGUAGAUUGUAUAGAUUAUUUAUAUCAUCAUUUUUGAGGGACUAAUGAAGGCUUAUUGUAACAUAUUAUAAUACUAAUGAAACCAUGGAAUUGUAUGAAAAUGAGACUAUUUUGCUGACUGUAAAUUUUUGUGGGAAAUUUUGUGAUAACUUGAGAAUUACACUUGUUUGAAUCAGGGUAGCUCUCCUAGAAUUUAUUCUUCUAUCCUGUCUUAAGGUUACUUCUUUCUUCAACACUCAGGUGCAAAGUGGCACUCAGCUGACACACACCUCUCUCUGUGUGAAUCCUGUGUUGGGUCUUGGAGGCUUUGGAGAUCACACCCGCAGGGGUGGCAGCAGGUGGCUCUCGCGGGCAAGUUGCAGGCCCCACAGUGCCAGCCGGGGGUGGGUGUCGCUGCUUGGGUCCCGCAUCUUUGUGAGGAAGUGGGGUGGGUGAGCUGCCCUGGCUGGACCGUCCUUUUGUGGCAGAGAAAGUGAAUAAGCCUACCUUGCUGCCCACCUGCAUGUGACCCUCUUCCCUCCACCCCCGUGGUCCCUCUUCUGUGGCAUGUAUUGAUUGGACUCAUGUCUUUCUAACACUUAAGUGGGUGCCAGCAGUCAGCGCAGCUCUUAUGCCUCUGGGGGACUUAAAUGAGAAAUGUUUCUUUGGAGGGACAGGCGGUGGCACAGCCAGUUAAGUGCACGUAGUACUAAGCACAUGGAUCUGGAUUUGGCCCCCAGCCCUCCAACUGCAGGGGGCGACACUUGACAAGCAGGUACACAGCUGUCUUUCUCCCUGUCUCCCUGUCUGUUUCUCUCUCUCCUAUCCAAUAAAAUGGAGGUGGGGGGGAGGGUCUAUUUCUUUGUGGAUGGCGUGGCCUUCAGACAGUGGAUGCAGGAAUGCGGAGGCCGCACAUGUAAGGGACAAUGCCAUCUCUGCUGUCUUAACUUUUUAAAAACCUAAACACACCACAUUUGUUUUGUAGAGGCCCAAGGGGAGAGAACGCUUCAGACACUGCUUUCCAGACUGGAAGGCCUGGAGGGCGGUGCUGCUCCCUGAUCUGAGGAAUGUCCCAGAAAUGAGGCUCUUGACAGACCUCCUCCAAGAGUCCCCAGGUGGCGGAGAGGCCUGCUGCUGCUUCUGCCCUCAGUGUAGUGUGAGUUGUGGGGGCAGUGCACACCCGCUCUCGCACACAUUUUCACAUGUUAAACAACAACAACACUAUGUGUCACCUAUUUAGCAUUUUGUAUUUAAAUAGCUUUAUUUAUUUUUCAUGUCAAGACAGGUGUAUAUAAUGUGCCAUAGUGGCAAAGACAACAGAAGAUAUGAUUUCUAAGUGGAAAAUAACAUGUUUCUAUUCAAUAAAAUCACAUGCUUCUGG